AUGUCGUACGAGCAUGAGAAGACCACACCUCCGCAUGAUGGCUACUACGCCGAGGAGAAGGAGGCCAACCACGGUGUGGUGACGGUCACGGAGCCUCUCGAGGAUGACCUUGCCACAACCCACCUCGGUGACCACGGCAUCAAGCGUGACCUUCCCCCUCGUGUCCUUUCCAUGAUUGCCAUUGCCGGCACCAUUGGUACAGGUCUCUUCGUUGGCUCCGGUAACUCGCUCGUCCGCGGUGGCCCCGUCGGUCUGUGGCUCGGUUACUCUAUCAUGGGUAUGGCUGUCGGUAUGAUGAUGACCACCCUUGGUGAAAUGUCUUGUUACGCCCCUAACGUUGGUGGUUUUACUGAGAUGGCCACCAAGUAUGCCGACCCCGCCCUCGGCUUCAUGUCUGGUAUCAACUACACCCUCUCAACCGGUUUCGGUAUCCCUUCGGAGAUCUCCGCUAUUGCCGUUCUCUUCACCUACUGGGACCACAACACCGCCCACGCCCCCGCCUACAUUGCCCUUUUCAUUGUCCUCACUGUUGCCAUCAACAUUUGCGGUGUCAAGUGGUUUGGCGAGAUGGAGUUCGCCUUCGCCAUUCUCAAGGUCGUGACCCUCGUUGGUCUGAUGAUCUUUGCUCUUGUUGCCAACCUUGGUGGUAUCCCCCCCAAGCACGAGUACAUUGGCGGCAAGUACUGGAGGACCGAGCCCUUCAACGACACCUACCUCAACAUUCAACCUGUGGCCCUCGCCCGCUUCUGUGGCUUCUGGUCCGUCUUCACCCAGGCUGCCUUCUCGUACUCGGCCAUUGAGGGUAUUGGACUCAUGGCCGGUGAGGCCCACAACCCCCGCAAGUCGCUCCGUACUGCCAUCCGCACUGUCUUCUACCGUAUUGUCGGCAUUUACGUGCUUGCCACCCUCCUGAUCGGCCUCACUGUUUCGCAGUACAGCCCCGACCUCCUCCGUGCUGUCGCCGAGGACGCUGGUACCGCCGGUGCCUCGCCCUUCGUCGUCCUCUGCUCGCAGAUGGGUGUCAAGGUCCUCCCCCACAUUGUCAACGCCGUUGUCAUCACCUCGGCUCUGUCCUCGGGUAAUGAGCAGACCUACGCCAACUCGCGUAACCUGAUGGCCAUGGCCCGUGCCAACCAGCUUCCCAAGGCCUUCCUGAAGACUACCAAGCACGGUGUCCCCUGGGUCGGCGUCUGCGUCUCGGCUGCCUUCUCGCUCCUUGCCUUCCUCUCGGUCUCGAACGGCUCCAACCAGGCCUUCAUCUGGCUCUCGAACCUCUCGGCUCUUGCGGGUCUCGUCACCUGGACCCUCAUCUGCUUCUCGUACACCCGCUUCCGCAGGGCUUGCGUCGUCCAGGGCGUUGACCGCAACAAGUUCACUUUCAAGGGUUACUUCCAGCCGUACAUGGCUUGGUUCUGUGUCAUCUUCUUCACCAUUAUCCUCAUCUUCAACGGCUAUACCUGCUUCAUCCCUACCUUCUCGGUCUCGGACUUCUUCGCCUCGUAUGUCACCCUCCUCGUCAUCUUCGUUGCUUGGGCUGCGUGGAAGGUCAUCAAGCGCACCAAGAUGGUCCCCCUCGAUGAGAUGGACCUUUCGGGUGGUCCCCCCGAGGCCAUGCGCGGCACUCGCUACGACCCCACCUUCAACCAGCAGUCGUACCAGUCGUACCAGCACGCUUAA